CGCUAGGUGUAGAGUAGUGUAGUGUGUCAAACCAAAGCCUGAAUGACCGAGAAGCAAAAUAAAACGAUUCGUUUUGCAAACCAACAGAAGUCGUUGAAAUCACAGAAAAGAGACGAUAAUCUACUUUAACUGGCAGAAAACUGCAGCUCAUCCAUCCAUUCUCUUUGGCAUCCUGUGGACAAUGGGGUGAUUAAGUUUAGCUUCCUCCAUCCUCUACUCAGCACUUCUCUGGUUUAAACCCUCAACACACCACACCUCCCUUCCUCUAAUGUCAGAUAAUUCAGACCCAGACUGCAGCUCCAUGGCUAGGGGGGCCUCAGGGUGCAGGUCCAUGGCUAGGGGGGCCUCGGGGUGCAUGUCCAUGGCUAGGGGGGCCUCAGGGUGCAGGUCCAUGGCUAGGGGGGCCUCAGGGUGCAGGUCCAUGGCUAGGGGGGCCUCAGGGUGCAGGUCCAUAGCCCAGCUUCGUUGUAGGAGCAGCUAUAGCCAGGUUGGUCCAGGCCUGGGUCUAGCCUCAGAAGGCAGUGACAGCAGUUGCCAGGACCCCUCGGCCUCACCCCACAUUGGCCGUAGGAGCGCCUGCUCACGUUCCUUCCACGACGACGUGGACAUGAAGAGCAGUGGAUCCAGCGGGACCGAGUCACACGGCAACGAGAUCCACGGAAGCCAUGGAAACGAGAGUCACGGCAACGAGUCAACAGGUAGCUCCAAUGGCAACAGCAGAGACUCGGCUCUCGGGGGGUCGUCUGGGAGCAACAAGCGCUCUAACUCCCACAGCCCCUCUCCUCCCAGUAGUUCCAAUGCUUUCAGCCUGCUGAGUUCUGAGCAGGACAACCCUUCCACCAGCGGCUGCAGUAGUGAGGAGUCAGCUAAGGCCAAGACCCAGAAGGAGCUUCUCAGGACCCUGAAGGAGCUCAAGCGCCACCUUCCUGCUGACAAGAGGAACAAGGGCAACAAGUCCAGCUCCCUCAACACUCUGAAAUACGCCCUGCGCUGUGUCAAACAGGUGGAAGCCAAUGAGGAGUACUACCAGCUGUUUAUGACCAAUAGCAUUCAGCCAUCCGGCCUGGAUGUAUCCUCUUACACCAUCAAGGAGAUAGACAGCAUCACCUCAGAGUACACCCUCAAAAACAAUGACAACUUUGCGGUAGCGAUAUCUCUGAUCACGGGGAAGAUCGUCUACAUCUCAGACCAGGCUGCCUCUAUCCUCAACUGUAAAAGGGGUGUCUUCAAGGACGCUAGGUUUGUGGAGUUCCUGACUCCCCAAGACGUCAGUGUUUUCUACAGCUUCACCACGCCCUACCACCUGCCCUCCUGGAGCAUGUGCCCCGGAGCAGAGUCCUCCCCGUCGGAUUGCAUGCGGGAGAAAUCCUUCUUCUGUCGGAUCAGUGGAGGUAAGGAGUGUGAGGGGGACAUACAGUACUCUCCGUUCCGUAUGACCUCCUUCCUGAUGAAGGUGCAGGACAAGGUCCAUUCUGAGAACCAGCUCUGCUGCCUCCUACUGGCUGAAAGGUUGCAUUCCGGAUACAAGGCUCCCAGAAUUCCUAGCGACAAGCGCAUCUUCACCACCACACACACUCCUAGCUGCGUGUUCCAGGAUGUGGACGAGAGGGCUGUUCCUCUCCUUGGUUACCUCCCCCAGGAGCUGAUUGGCACCCCAGUCCUUCUUCUCAUGCACCCCAAUGACAGGCAGAGCAUGUUGGCCAUUCACAAGAGGAUCCUUCAGUAUGCUGGCCAGCCGUUCGACCACUCCUCCAUCAGGUUCUGCACACGGAACGGAGAGUACGCCAUCAUCGACACCAGCUGGUCCAGCUUUGUCAAUCCCUGGAGCUGUAAGGUCUCUUUCAUCAUCGGGAGGCACACCGUCCGCAUGGGACCGGUGAAUGAGGAUGUGUUCGAGGCCCCGCUCCCUGCCCUCAUGGAGACCAAGAUCAUGGACUCUGAAGUCCAGGAGAUCACUGAGCAGAUCCACAGACUGCUACUACAGCCGGUUCACAGCACUAGCACCAGUGGGUACGUGGGAAGCAACGACCACCUUGCAGCAUCCCAGGGAAAGACCAGCGAGAGCAACACACAUUCAACCAGAGACAUCAACAUCAACAGCAAUGGUAGCAGCCCAAGCAGGACACGCAUCGAGGAGGAGGGAGAGAGCAGCUGGGCCAAACCUCAGAGGUCAUUCCAGGGGAUCUGUAAAGGAAUCCACCUCCAGAACAGUCAGGAACAACAAAUCUACAAAGCAUCCUCCUCAGCCAGGUCUGAGACCAAGAAGAACCCUGGCACAGAGUUCCUCCAGAAGAGUCCCGCGGCGGUCCGUCUCAAGGACACUGCAGCCCCCGUGGCACCUCUGAGCUGGAGGGACAGUGGGGCCACCCACCUGGAGAACUGCAGGCCUGCAGUACAGGAGGAGCAGCUGGCCGUCAACGACCAGGCGGUCUACUCCUACCAACAGAUCAGCUGUCUGGACAACGUCAUCAGAUAUCUAGAGGGCUGUAACAUUCCCAUCGCUAUGAAGAGGAAGUGCCACUCUUCUGACAACACUUCCUCAGACGAGGACAAGCAGAAAGGAGGGGACAACCGCAUGCAGAUAUCUGAAGACCCUGCGCUAUUUAAGGCUCAGCCUGGUUUAACCGCUGUGGAUGACAUCAUCGCAUACAAAAAGACUGAGGCUACGACCACAGCCUCAGGGGUAGUGGGCUCCUCCUCCCUGGCAGCCCUCGCCGUGCCACCGUGCAGCAAAACCGAGAGUGUGGUGUCAAUAACAAGCCAAUGUAGCUACAGUAGCACCAUCGUGCAUGUAGGAGACAAGAAACUGCAGCCCAAGUCAGAGAUCAUUGAAGAUGUAUCUGGUGGUGGGGAGGCGGUGGAGCAGGUCAGCCAGACUCCUGGGCCUCCUCCUAGUGCUGUUUCACGUCCCAGCCUGCAGAGAGAGCCCUAUAAGAAGCUGGGUCUGACCAAGCAGGUCCUAGCAAACCACACCCAGAGAGAGCAGCAGGCCUUCCUGUGUCGCUUCAGGGAGCUUCAGGGAGUCCAGGUCUUCCAGGCGAACUGUUCCCAAUACCUGGAGCGCCAGAAGGGACAAGGUGCUACUGAUGCUGUGCCCACUGUGCGCCCAUGCAGGCAGGCCGAACCCGCUGCCCGUAGAAGCGGACGCAACAAGAAGACCAAGUCCAAGCGGGUAAAACAGAACGAGUUGUCCGAUAGUUCUUUGUCCCAUAGGAAGAGACAGCAGCAGCCCCGACCCCACCUCCUCUAUCAGGGCCUCAACCAGACUUCCUGGUCCCCCUCCAACUCCUCCCAGUCCACCUUGCCGCCCCUGGCCUACCCCAACAUAGUGCCAGCCUUCCCUCUCCAGGUCUACCCCGGGGUGGGCACCAUGGCUGGAACCAUGCCUACCAGCCCCGAGAAUUCAAUGCCAGGCUUCGGCGACAGUCAGUGCAACCAAGAUCCCCAGUGCCCGGCACCAAACAUCCAGCCCUCCCCCUUCUCUACUCCCAUGGUGACCCCUGUGGUGGCUCUGGUUCUCCCCAACUACGUGUUCCCUCAAAUGGGGAGCGGGGCUCCAGAACAGCAGCCUUUUUACCAGGUCGAGACGGCAGGCUACUCCUCCCAGCCGCAGCCUUUCCCCCUACAGACAUCCCUCACCUUCCCUGCCCAGGGUCCCUUCCUGCCACAGCCGCAGCCUUUCCCCCUACAGACAUCUCUUCCCUUCCCACCACAGUCAUCCUCCACCAUCCAGGCCCAGUUCCUGGGCCAGAACCCUUUAGCCCCCCAGACAGGCUUCCCAAUUCCCACCCAGCCUUUCUCUUCCAUGGCCAUGGAGCCCCCCAAGCCUUCUGGGGAAACCACCCAGUCUCGGGGCUCCACACCUGGGUCCAUGGAUGGCAGGGACCAAGUGCCCUCCCCUCCAGUGUUCCAGUCACCAUGCAGCUCACCCCUGCAGCUCAACUUACUGCAGCUGGAGGAGACACCAUGCUCCCUGCAGAGGCAGCACAGCAUGGUGGUAGCGCCCUCCAGUGGUGAUCCCCCGGGGAAUAACAACUUCCGCGAUAAGGGAAGGAGUGUGGUCUGCCAUGCCAUGGAGAAGAUCACGCUUCAGCAGGUGAGUUCGCCAGGCGACGGUAAUCCUUGCGACAUGCCUGACAUCCGGCUCCAUUCAGACUCUCACUCAGCCACCUCAGGGUCCAUGGGUUCAAGGUCUAAUGACUGUGGAACCUCAGCUAGAACGUCUAACAGUGGAAGGUCUAAUAAUAGCAGGACUUCGGGAUGUAGAAAGUCAGCUAGUGGAACGUCAACUAGUGGUGUAUCUGGCAAUGGCACAGUAUGCAGCAGCCACACCAGAAAAAAGAUCAGAAACUACUUUGGCAGCGUGGAUUCAUCCCGGAACAGCAGCCAGAAGGUCAAAGGGCACUCCACCGGCUGCGAUAGUGGGAGAAGCAGUAGUGUCAUGGAGGUGCGGCCAAUGGAGAUGGAGCAGGACCAACACGACAAGGGCAUCGAGAGGUUGCUUAGAGAAGACAGAGAGAGGCUGCGUGGGAUGCAGAAGAGUCAGCCGUGCUUCACUGGGGAACAGCAGAGGGAACUGGUAGAGGUCUACCCCUGGAUGAGGAGUGGAGGGCUGCCCAAGUUCAUGGACGUCAAGGCCUGUGUGUGCUUUGAGGAGGAUGCUCCAGAGGCAGCGAUGUCUGAGGAGCAGCCUGACCUAGACAUGGGAGACACAGGGACUGAGACAAGUGAGGUCAGCCCCUCCAGGAAGCCCAGCGAGGAGCCCUUAAACACAGACACCUGCCCUUGUCCCUCUUCUGGCCUUGGAUCAUCAUAGCCACAUCCACACCCUGAAUCCACCCACCGCUGUUGAUUGUAACAUCAGCACUUCCUCCCAAGACUCGUUCUCAAGCGACAUCAAUUAUUGACCGGGUCCCACACUCAGACCAACAGCUGUCCCUGACCAGGGAAUUACCAUAUUGGACUAUCUACAUUUACAUUACAUUUAAGUCAUUUAGCAGACGCUCUUAUCCAGAGCGACUUACAAAUUGGUGCAUUCACCUUAUGACAUCCAGUGGAACAGUCACUUUACAAUAGUGCAUCUAGUACUGCAUGUGUCCUGCUGGUGGUACACACCUUUUCUACAACCAGCUAAACCUUAUGGAAACUCUGCUACAGCCUGAGAGACCAACUGCCCACCUGGUCAAUUCAUUUUCUGUGUGUGAAUGUGUGAGAGAGAGAAAAAGAAGAUGAGAUUGAGGUUAGGCAGGUAGCCUAGCGGUGGGCAGGUAGCCUAGCGGUGGGCAGCUAGCCUAGCACUCGGCCAGUAACCGAAGGUCGCUGGUUUGUAUCGGCGAGCCGACGAGGUGAAAAAUCUAUCGAGGUGCCUUUGAGCAAGGCACUUAACCCUAAUUCCUUUUGUAAGUCACUCUGGAUACGAGCGUCUGCUAAAUUACUAAAAUGUCAACUCGGUGAGUUCCAGUGUGUGCAAAACACUGUUCUUUCAAUUCCAUCCAUCUCUUUUCCUGUGUUGUUUCACUGAUUAAAAGUCAUGCUUUCACUGAAGUUUAAGACUUAUAGUCUUGUUUUUGUGUUGAUGGUAGCCAAGAAUAUGUAGUGGACUUGCUGUUUUUCAACUGUCUCUCAAUAUGAGAAAAAUAUAUAUAAUUUGAAGCAUCGGUAAAUGGUUGGUGAAAUGUUUUUUACCCCCAAUGGUUUCAAAGAGAUACUCUAUUUUUAUACCAGAGAAUAAUAUCUGCUAGGAAAGCAUAUGUACAGUAUAUGUGUUUCUAUGUUCUGAGUCUCACAAUAUAAAUAUAGAAAGAAACAAGCAUAAGAGAACUAGGACCAAUAUACAUGUGUUAUGGUGUGUUUACUGACAUAUUCAGUCACUCCCUAUCUCAGUCUGUUGUCCCCACAUGCUUCAAGAUGGCCACCAUUGUUCCUGUACCCAAGAAGGCAAAGAUAACUGAACUAAAUGACUACCACCCCGUAGCACUCACUUCUGUCAUCAUGAAGUGCUUUGAAAGACUAGUCAAUGAUCACCUCCACCUCACCGGCCACGCUAGACCCACUUCAGUUUGUAUACCGCCCCAACAGGUCCACAGAUGAUGCAAUAGCCAUCGCACUGCACACUGCCCUAUCCCAUCUGGACAAGAGGAAUAC